CUAUACUUCUUACCCUUCUUUUGUCAUCUUUUAUGAAUUAAUUUUUGUAAGUAUUUAUAUCACAAAUCCAAAACUCUGUUUCUUUUCACGGUUGAUUUUUCCAAAGAUUUCUUUCUCUGCAUUCCAUCCCAGAAUUCCAAAAUUCAAGUCCAACAAAACAUAUAUAUAUAUAUAUUCUAAGUUAUUUUCAAAUUUCAAUACAUUUUCCAAGCAUGAUGAGGAGCAGAGAAGAGUUACAAGGCAAGUUCAAGAAGUACGUAUCAAGGCCGAGGAGCAAAGCAGAGUUGCGGAGCAAGCUGCGGCACUACAUGUCGAAGCCGGUCCGAGCUUUACACAGGGCAAGAGACUUCUACGUCAAAAGCUUGGAGGAUUGCGCUAGUAAGGUCGGCGGCCACGACGGCCUUCUCGGCUGCCCCGCACCUCAAGUUUCACGGUUGCCCAAGAGCUUCAACUUCAACUAUUCGAAAUCGAACAACGACGAGAAGUUCAUGAACUUCUUGGAAACCAUGUCGAAGAAGAGAUCGAUGGAGUCGGAUGUGCAGGAACGAGAAGAGGAGCCAAGGCAUGUGGAAGAUCGGCAUGGUGGGUUUAACAGAAGUUAUAGUACCAUCGCCGGCCUGGGCCGGAUUGACGAGGACGAGCCUUGCUACUUCGAAGAAGAAGAUGCAGUGUACGCUAGAAGCAGAAGUUGCGUAUACAAGAGAUGCUCUUAUUAUUGAAGAUUGGAGCAUAAGAAUCGUUAAAUUUUUAGGGGCUAUUAUGAAUUUAAAUCUUUUAUUUAUUACAUUAU